AUGUCGUUUAUAAAGCAAUUCUUUAGUUUAUUCGAGAAAACCAAAGGAAGAAACAAACUCUCGAAGAAGAAACUACACCUAGUGCUUGACUUGGAUCACACGCUUCUCCACAGUAUCUCUGUUUCAAAGCUUUCUCAGAAAGAACGGUAUCUGAUCAAAGAAGCUGAUUCAAGAAGGUUUGACAAAAGCAACCCCGAGUAUCUGAUGAUAAAGUUACGACCUUUCCUCCACGAGUUUCUGAAAGAAGCCAACAAGCUUUUCACCAUGCAUGUUUACACGAUGGGCAGUUAUGUUUACGCAAAGAACGUAUUGAGUUUAAUUGAUCCGGAUAAAAUAUAUUUUGGUGAUAGAGUCAUUACCAAAGAGAAAUCCCCUCCUAAUAAGAAGACACUUGAUCUCAUCUCUGCUGAUCAACGAAGAGUGGUUAUUGUUGAUAAUACGAGCAGUGUUUGGCCUCAACACAAGCCAAACUUGUUGGAGAUCGCAAAGUACAUUUAUUUCAGAGACGGGAUGAUGAAGUCGAAGGAAGAAUCUUACGCAGAGAAGAAGAUAGACGAGAGUCGAAGCGAUGGUGCAUUGUCUAAUGUUCUCAAAAUCCUUCAAAAAGCUCACACAAGAUUCCAAGAAUUGGAGUCUGACGACUUGAGGCUCUUGAUACGUGAUCCUUAA